UGUUUUUGUUAGGAAAAGUAUCCCCAGAUGAAAAUAUUUGUUACGUGAUAAAAUUAUAAAUUUUGGUUUAGUUUUCUAAGUUCGUACAUUUUAGUGUAAUUUGUAUUUCUUAUUUAAUUUCUAUCCAAAAUUUUAAAUUAUUUUAAUGGCUGACCAUCUAUUGCUUUUUCAUGCGACUAAAUCUGUGGAAUGGUAGUGGAAUUGAUUUGGCCUUGAAAAAGUUUAAGUGGAAGUGAGACAUCUGAUUAAAAUGAUUUGUUCCGUUCAUGUCAUAUGCUUUUUAGUUGCAUUACAUCUUGUUGGUGCCACUAUAGAAGUAUUUGAUCGUUUUGGAAGAAAAGUUGAUACUUUCCAAGAUAGGGAAGCAGCUUUUGAUGAUGACUUUGUUACGAUGGAGGGAUAUGUUGUAUCUGCUGAUCCUCCUGAUGCUUGCAAAAGUAUUGCUCCUCCAACAUUCUUGACAAAUUUUACAAUGGGCAAAUUUGUACUUAUCAAUGGUACUAGUGAAUGUGGACUUACAACUAAGGUACGAAAUGCAGAGAAAGCAGGCUAUGAUGUUGCCAUAAUGUAUAUGCCAUUUGAAUACAUUCAUAUUGUUCCUUUCCCAAUACUUCAACCCACUAUUGAGGUAUUGUUUGUUUCAUAUGAGGAUGGAAUCAUUCUGCGAAGCAACUAUGUGUACAACAACAGCUAUGAAUAUAACUAUCGAGUGAGAAUAAGACCUAAUACUCCUGACAUCACUUAUUAUAUGUAUUUGUUUGGAGCAGUAAUUGGAGUCUGCUUUUUUGUCAUGUUACUUUUCAUGAUGUGCCUGCUUAUUAAAUGUAUACAAGAGAAACGAAGAAGUCGACGUAAUAGAUUAUCUAGUCGUCAAAUUAAACAGAUCCCUACAGCAAAGUUCUCAAAAGGAGAUCAGUAUGAUGUUUGUGCAAUAUGUUUAGAGGAUUAUAAUGAAGGGGAUAAGCUGAGAAUUUUACCUUGUUCUCAUGCAUAUCAUGCAAAGUGCAUAGAUCCCUGGUUAAUGAAUAACAGGCGCAACUGUCCUCUCUGCAAACGAAAGAUUACAUUCGGUGAAUCUGAUGAGAGUGAUUCUGAAGAUUCAGAACUCACUUCCCCUGCUGAAAACACACCUCUUUUGACAUCUCCAUCCAAUCGAAGCCAGUCUUGGGGAACCUUUGGUGCUGCUUCAACAUCAAAUCAACCUGAUGGCAGUGGUCCUUCGUCUUUACCCGGUAACUAUCAACAGUUCAAUGCUGCAUCUUCACCAGAAAGUGACACAUCAUCAGAAAACCACUUCUUGUCUGCAGAUGAAUCUGAGAAUCUACUUCCUCCUUCCCAUCAUUCAGUGAAUAAUCCUGUGCCUUAUGAUCGGAGAGUUGUUAUCGCUGUAAAUCUUGCUGGUAACAAUAUCAAUAAUGAUGCUGAAAAUGACCAAAGAGGUCUUAUUGUCUGAGUGUCUUUGUUGCUAUUGUUUUAUACCUGUGUAUCAGCAGUAUCUGCUUAUAAUCAUAUAUUCUAUUCUCGAGUCCAAUAAAAAAACCUUCCAUUUUGAAAUACAUACUUCAAAAAUUUAAAGCAAAUUUCUUAGUUCUAUAGUGGUUGGCAUUGUAGCCUUUUUUAUGUGUAAUUUAGAUUUGUAUUGUAUAUAUGUGAACUGAAACAAGUGUAAACAUGUCAGUCCUGAAAAGAGCUGGCAUAAUAAUGGCGAUUGUUUUGUUUGUUAUGUUGUCAUUCUUUUUUUUUUUUUUUUAAUUUCAAAAUAUUUUUUGAACUUUUGUUUCUGUAUUUUACUUCUGAAUUCCUAUUAUUGUGUUGUAUUUUAUUUUUAAGAAGCAUUCCUCUGCCAUAGUGGAACUACGAAUUAUCAGAAUGGCAUGGCAUGGCAUAUGUGUAUUUAAAUGUAUCAUAUAGUUUAAUAUUAGAUUUGUGUUAUUAAUCAGAAUUUUAGCAUUUCAAAGAUACUGUAUUGCUUAUGAUAGUGUAGAAGGGACUUUUGAUGUAAAUUUUAGAAAUGUUCCUCUCUCAUCCAUGAAGUAUGCUUUUAUACAGUUUUUAUUAAUACUAAUUCAAGGUGUAAAUUAAAAUUGUAAAUAAUGAUGACACAUAAUUUUUAUUUUCAUAUUUUCAAAUUGUUCCUAUUUUUUAUUUUCUUGUUCUAAAACUAGUAUAAGCCAAUAAAAUGAUUUAUCCUAUAAAUAUUCUGUAUAGUAAUUCAGAAUAUUUUAGGUAUAUGAAUAUGUAUUUUUAUUAAUAUAAAAUUUAGAUGCACAUAAAAACUAUACUUUAGCAUAUCAUCAUAAAUGAGCGAAUGAAUUUUAUAUUUGAAAUUUCAGAAUUUUUCGUUUUAAAAAUCACUGAAGUUGAUUCCCCCCCCCCUUAAAACUAUUUUGUAAUAUUAAAGUGAUUUUACUUUGAUGAAAUAUAUCUUUUUCUGAUCACUUAGUAAAUAAUUGAUUUUAUAUAUACUAAAAAAUUGUAUUGUAUUAAAUAUUUAAAAAAAUUAUGACUGAGCUUCUUAAACUAUCCUUUCAAAAAUGAAACUAAUUGAAUAAAAAUAAAAUUGCUAUUAUAGUUCUUUUUUAAUAUUUCAUUUAAACCAAUUUUUAAAAAUUCAUUAAGGAAUUAUUGAUUGUAAGACUUUUCAGGCCUUUUAUAUUGAUAUGAGAUUCAUUUAUAAGUCUGCUAUAUAAGUCAUUAUCUAUAUAUCAUUUAUAAGUCUGCCUUGUUAGCAU